GGGCAGUCUGGCAAGAAAAGGAAAUAAAAGAUACAUAUUUGAAAGGAAAACCCAAUUUUCAGAAGACAGUAUCUUUUUUAUAGGGUGGCAUAUGGAGGUUCCCAGGCUAGGGGUAGAAUUGGAGCUGUAGCUGCUGGCCUAUACCGAAGGCUACAGCAGUGCAGGAUCCAAGCCGCAUCUGCCAUCUACACCACGGCUCACAGCAAUGCCAGAUCCCUUAAUCCACUGAGCAAGGCCAGGGAUCGAACCUUAGUUCUCAUGGGUGCUAGUCAGAUUCGUUUCCACUGAGCCACGAUGGGAACUCCAAGAGAACAUUAUUCUUGCAUGUUGAAAAUUGUAAAGGAUCUCCUGUUGUGGCUCAGAGGGUUAAGAACCCAACAUAGUAUCCAAGAGGAUGCAAGUUCCAUCCCUGGACUAGCUCAGUGGGUUAAGGAUCUAGUGCUGCUGCAAGCUGUGGGAUAGAUGGCAGAUACAGCUUGGAUCCAGUUUGGCUAUGGCUGUGGUGUAGGCCUGCAAGCUCUGGCUCUGAUUCAACCCCUAGCCUGGGAAUUUCCAUAUGCAAAAAAGAAAGAAAAAAGAAAAUCACAAAGUAUCCACCAAAAAACCUUGGAGCUAAUAAACAAGUUCAACAAAAGCAAAAUCAGCACCCCCAACAUCAGCUUGUUUCUAUACACUAGCAAUGAACAAUCUGUAAAUGAAAUUGCAAAAACAAUUCCUUGUAAAUAGCAUCAAUAAGAAUAAAAUAUCUUAGGAAUACUUUUUUUUAUGGCCACACCCACGGCAUAUGGAAAUUCCUGGGCCAGGGACUGAAUCCAAGCCAUAGCUGUGGCAACGCCAGAUCCUUCACCCCACCUAUCCUGAACCACACCUCUGCGGCGACGCAAUUCUUAACGCACAGCACCAUAGUUCGAACCUCCAGGAAGAAAUUUAACAAAGAGAGUGCAAGAUUUGUAAACUGAAAACCUGAAAAUGUCAUUGAAAGAGAUUAAAGACUUAAAUAAAUGGAAAGACAUUCCUGUUAAUGGAUCAGAAAACUUAGUGUUAAGAGGACAUUACUCCCCAAAUUGAUCUACAGAGAGAAUUCAAUCCCUAUCAAAACUCCAGCUUUUUUUUGGGGGGGAGCAGAAAUUUACAGCUUCAUUCUAAAAUUCACAUGCAAAUGUAAGCGAUCGAGAAUAUCCAGAACAAUCUUGAAGAACAACAAAUCAGGAAGACUCACAUUUCCUGAUUACAGAACUUGCUACAGGCCUAUAGUAAUCAAGACUGUGAUGCUGGCCUAAGGAUAGACACAUGGAUUGAUACCAAAAAAGAAGUCCAGAAAUACAUCCUUACCUGAACGUCAGUUGAUUUUCAAAAACUGCACCAAGAGAUUUCAAUGGGAACAUUCAUUUCCACAAAUGCUGCUGGACAACUGAAUACUCCUGCACAAAACAGUGAACAAGGACCCCCAACCUUCAUACCAUAUACGAAACUUAACAUAAAAUGGACCCAAAGCCUACAUGUAAGAACUAAAACUGUAAAACUCUUAGGGGGAAAACAGGCGUUAAGUCUUCUUGACCUUGAAUUAGGCAAUGUUUCUUAGCUAUGGCACUCAAAGUAUAAGUAACCAAUUAAAAAAAUGGGUAAAUUGGGCUUCGACAAAAUUAAAAGCCUUUGUGCACUCAAAGAUACUAUCGAAAAGGCGAAAGACAACCUGCAAAAGGGGAGGAAAUGUUGGAAAAUCCUAUCUGUGAGGGUACGGCCUGCAGAGUACGGAAAGAACUCUUACACUCAAACAAAAAGACAACCACGGAGCUAAAAAAUGAGCAAAGGAUUUAAACAGACAUCCUCCACAGAAGAUUUACAAACCGCCAACAAUCACAUAAAAAAAAAAAAAUGCUCAACAUGAUGAGUCAUUAGGGGAAUGAAAAUCACCAAACGCAUAAUGAGAUAUUACCUCAUACCCACUCUGACGGCCAUAACUAAAAACAGAGACAAUGGAAACUGCUGACAAAGCCCUGGAAAACUGGAACCUUCUUACAUUGCUAGUUAGACUGUAAAAGAGUGCACCCACUUUGGAAAACGGUUUGUGCAAAAAAGUUAAUGGGAGUGUUCCCGAACCAGGUUUGUUUGCCCAGCGCCCAGACAGCCAGAAGCCAAGACACCAAGACGCUAAGGUUGGCAGCCGAGGAAGGGGUUGCUCACGAGGCCGGGAAAUCGAAAAUCCACCUCCCAAAGACGCUCCUCCUCGGAAGUUUGCAGGUGAUUCACAAAAUGAUGAGCAUAUCUUUGCUUGGGGGGAUUGUGACAGCAGUGUGCUGUUGUUUAUGGCUUCUUCUUGGAAUGAGGAGAAGGCAAACGGGCGAACCACCUCUGGAGAGUGGGAUAAUUCCCUAUCUGGGUUGUGCACUGCAAUUUGGUGCCAAUCCUCUUGAGUUCCUCCGAGCAAACCAAAGGAAACAUGGUCACAUUUUUACCUGCCAACUCAUGGGAAACUAUGUCCACUUCAUCACAAAUCCCUUGUCCUACCAUAAAGUGUUGUGUCAUGGAAAAUACCUUGACUGGAAAAAAUUUCACUUCACUGCUUCUGCAAAGGCAUUUGGGCACAGAAGCAUUGACCCCAGUGAUGGAAAUACCACCGAUAACAUAAAUAAAACUAUCAUCAAGACCCUGCAGGGUGACGCCUUGAAUUUGCUUGCCGCAGCCAUGAUGGAAAACCUCCAACUUGUCCUGAGACCCCAGGUGGCCCCCCAACCGGAGAAGCCCGCCUGGGUGACAGAGGGCAUGUAUUCCUUCUGCUACCGAGUGAUGUUUGAGGCUGGCUACGUCACGCUCUUUGGCAAAGACCCUAUAGGGCACGAUGCACAGAAAGCACUCAUCCUAAACAACCUUGACAACUUCAAGCAGUUUGACAAGAUCUUUCCAGCCCUGGUAGCAGGCUUCCCGAUUCAUGUGUUCAAGACGGGCCACUAUGCCCGGGAGAAACUGGCUGAGGGCCUGCGGCUCCAGAAGCUCAGAAAGAGAGACCACAUCUCGGAACUGGUCAGGUUUCUGAAUGAUACCCUCUCCACCUUAGAUGACGCAGAGAAAGCCAAGUCGCUCCUCGCUGUCCUCUGGGCAUCGCAAGCCAACACCAUUCCGGCGACUUUCUGGUGCUUAUUCCAAACGAUUAGGAGCCCUGAAGCAAUGAAAGCAGCUUCUGAAGAAGUGAAUAAAACACUGGAGAAGGCGGGCCAAAAAAUUAGCUUGGACGAUAAGCCUAUUUAUUUGAAUCAAAUAGAACUUGACAGCAUGCCUAUACUAGACAGUAUCAUCAAGGAGUCUCUGAGGCUUUCCAGCGCCUCCCUCAACAUCCGGACUGCUAAAGAGGAUUUCACUUUGCACCUCCAGGACGGAUCCUAUAACAUCCGAAAAGAUGACAUCAUAGCGCUUUAUCCACAAUUAAUGCACCUGGAUCCAGAAAUCUACCCAGACCCUUUGACUUUUAAAUAUGAUCGCUAUCUUGAUGAAAAUGGAAAGACAAAGACCACCUUCUACAGUCAUGGACUCAAGUUAAAGUAUUACUAUAUGCCCUUCGGGUCAGGGGCUACGAUCUGUCCUGGAAGAUUAUUUGCUGUCCAGGAAAUCAAGCAAUUUUUGAUUCUGAUGCUUUCCUAUUUUGACCUGGAGCUGGUGGAGAGCCACGUUAAAUGUCCCCCCUUGGACCAGUCCCGUGCAGGCUUGGGCAUUUUACCACCAUCAAAUGAUAUCGAGUUUAGAUAUAAACUCAAACAUCUGUGAACAUAUGGUUGGAAAAGAGGACAGCUGAUGACGUUACAAGACUGCAGAUUACCAGUCCCUUUGGACAGACGCUUGAAUGGUAGUGGAACGGAGGUGGCAGCAGAUCCAGUUGUGUUCACUAGUGCUUGCUUGUGCAUCUAACCAAUCUAGUGAUGGUUUCCAGAUGCUAUUUCAGACUCUGCAAGGGAAAAACAAAAACAAAAACAAAACUAGUGUCUAGAAGCACCAUAAUUUGUUUCCAUUUGAAUAAGUCAGUGAAUAUUCAUAGAACCAGGGACUGAAGAUUAUUUUCAGAGGAAAAAGUCUUUUUUUUUAGGGUGGAGAUAUUCCAAUUGGCAAACUUUUUUCUUUUUUUCCUAAGGAAAGAGUUUUAUUUUUAUAAAAGCCAUCCAACUAUUAUGAAAAAGGUACAAAUUCACGUUUUAGUGAAACUGCAUGAUUUUUGACCAGAUGUGGGGUGCUUCGGGUGUAAAUGUGUACGAUAAAGGAUAUUUUGAAGGACACAUCACGCCUUGUAAUAAAAAGGAAAUGUUUUUCAGGUUUCCCUCUACCCAGAAUUCAUGAUUUUAAAACAACUAUCUUGAUAUCCUGAAAAUAUUAAAGAUGGUUUUGAUAUUUUCCCCUUAGGUUUUAACUCACUGUUACUGGAAACCCUAAUGUCCAUGUCAGCUUUCGGCAAUCCUGUCCAUACUUUCUUUUCAUUAGAUUUCAUAUUAAUUGGAAGACUUUUUUCAGAAAAGGCAGGUUUUUUUUUUUCUGACAUUACUAAACAUGCCUCUAUGAAAAGAAUGUAGCUCUCAUGUAAUAUAUUCUAAAAUUAAAAUUGAGUGAAUAUGCCUAAAGUGUUCGGGUAUGAAACAUGCAAAGAAUUCAUUAAGUGUGGCUUGCACUGUGUUUUAUUUAAAUACUUUUUAUCUUUAAAUGACUUGUAGUUGAAGGAAAAAUAACGUAAGCCACAUGGUUGUGUUUAACUACUGUGUACAACAGUGCUUUGGUAAAAUAUUUUAAGUACUGAAGAUAUUAGCUAUCAUAUUUUUAUUGAUAUUUCUGUUUGUAUGCGUGAAUUAUAUUUAACCUUUUCCUUGUACUACAAAUACUAAGAAUAUAUUGUAACAUUUGAUAAUGUCGAAAUGAUUCACCUUUCAGAAAUAAAAGUGUAAAUUUAUUAUGUUUUAAAUG